AUGUCCUCGCCAACGGGAACGUCUUCAAUGCCUUCCGCCUUCCUCGCCAAUGAACUCCAACUCGCCCUCUCGGAGCAACAUUUCGGCAUUCGAUGUUUCUCCAUACUUGGUUCUUCCACGCCGCUGGUCGCCAAAGCUUCUGUGACGUUGUUGGAUGGUGAAAAGCUGCAGUUGGUGCUCACCGGGAGAGGGUAUUUCAUUGAGAACGGUUCUAAGAAAGCGAGUUCUUUGAACCUGAAGGUCUUUGAGACCGUCGAAGAGUUGCUACAGUCCGUAAGCGACGUGUACGCCGAGAAACGAAGAGAAGUUUUGUGGAAUAAAUUGGAGAAGUUAGCCUAA